AUGCGCCUCACUAGGGUUGCGAAAACAAUCCCGAUCCUGGCGGCCACACUGGCCAAUGCCAGGCUUGCCAAACUAGGUUUGCCGGAGCAGAUCAAGCCGGGCGACAAAUUCAAUAUCACGGUAGAACAAGCCAUCGGCAUCCCAAUGGUAGAAGCGUCAAUGCUGUUUGGUAUCGACAGAUACGAUUCUAUAGCGGAUGUUGCGCCUCAGCCAGGAAAUAUGGGAGGAACACUUCUAGGGUCAAUCGACCUUCGGGCUGUUUUGGGAGACGGAAGGGGCCAAAACAUCACGACACUGGGCAGCAUUACCUUACCAGACACGUUCGUGCACGGUCCGGCUGCGAUACAAGCUGUUGUUCUUUCGGUCCAAGGCCCGGUGAACACGCCGACGAUAGAGACCUGGUGGUGGAACGUCACUAUAUCCGAUUCGACGAGCGAUCAACUCGUGCAAGCCACGUAUUACGAUGACAAUAGCAGAUACUGUCAAAUCUAG